UCAAUUCUCUCUAUUCCCACUCAUAAGAAAACAUAGGAACAUUGUUGUUGAUUAUUAGCACGAUUAUGGUGGCAUUUAUUUUCAUAUUUUUUUCUCUACUCAAGGCUUUUAUCUCCAAAGGCAAAUAGUAUUGUUGUUUUUUAAAAUUAGUAUUUGCAUGACCUUUUUUUAGCAAAAACUAUCAAUGCUCAAAAAAGAAGGGGAAAAAAAAAAAAAAAAAACCGUAAUUAUGUUUUUGGUUGUUUUCCAUUUUCUAAACGACAUGUCGUUGAGCUCCCCGUUUUCGGUUUGAAUUCGGGUUUGCCACUUUAUUUCUUGCCACUGAUUCCAUCUCCUAAUCUACGCGUUCAAUUGCAAAUUGAAUCCCCCAGAAGCUGAAACCAUUUAAAAAAAGAAAAAAAAAGAAAAAAAAGAUGCAAUUGCAGCAAUGUUUUAUUCGAUCCUCAAAAGCUGUGGGAGCACUGGCUCGCUAUCUCAUCCACUCACCAAAAGCUUCCUCUUUCCUUUACUCUUCGGAGCCCCAUAAACAGCAACCCCCAACUGACCAAAACCAGAGACAUGAACGCCAAGGUGAAGCGACUGCUGCUUCUGCAUUUGGGUCUUCUUCAAGGGUCCAAAAGCUCAUCGCCUCCCAAUCGGAUCCCCUGCUCGCCAAAGAGAUAUUUGACUACGCUGCUCGUCAACCCAAUUUCCGCCAUUCUUACUCUGCCUAUCUCACCCUCAUUCUCAAGCUUGGCCGUUCCAAUCACUUCUCUCUCAUUGACAACCUUCUCAUCCGUCUCAAGGCUGAGGGUUACACCGUCACCCCUAUUCUAUUUUCCCACAUCAUUAAAAUUUACGGAGAGGCCGAUAUGCCCGACAAGGCCCUCCGAACAUUUUAUACCAUGAUUGAAUUCCAUUGUAAGCCUUUGCCCAAACACUUGAACCGCAUUCUUGAAGUUCUCGUUGCUCACCGGAAUCACAUCCGUACAGCUUUUGAUCUUUUCAAGAAUGCUCACCGCUAUGGAGUUUUCCCCAAUACUAAAUCCUACAAUAUUCUCAUGCGCGCCUUCUGCCUUAAUGGUGAACUUAGCAUUGCGUACCAACUGUUCAACAAAAUGUUUAAGAGAGACAUUGUCCCGGACGUGGAAUCGUAUCGCAUUUUGAUGCAAGGAUUGUGUAGGAAGGGUCAGGUGAAUACGGCAGCGGACUUUCUAGAGGAUAUGUUGAACAAAGGGUUUGUUCCUGAUACGUUGACCUAUACCACACUGUUGAACAGUUUGUGUAGGAAAAAGAAGCUCAAGGAGGCAUACAAGCUUCUAUGCAGGAUGAAGGUUAAGGGUUGCAAUCCCGAUAUCGUCCAUUAUAAUACCAUUGUACUUGGGUUUUGUAGAGAAGGGCGUGCAAUUGAUGCUUGUAAGGUUCUUGAGGAUAUGGAAUCAAAUGGAUGCUUACCCAAUAUGCUGUCUUACCGAACUUUGAUUAGUGGUUUAUGUGAUCAAGGAAUUCUUGAUGAGGGAAAGAAAUAUAUGGAGGAAAUGAUAUCAAAGGGAUUUUCUCCACAUUUCUCUCUCAUUCAUACUUUAGUUAAUGGUUUAUGUAAUGUUGGAAGAGUUGAGGAAGCUUGUGGUGUUCUAUGGGAGAUUCUAAUGCACGGUGAAGUUCCUCAUUCAGAUACUUGGCUUAUGAUAGUUUCUAGGAUGUGUGAAGGCAAUGAGAUUGGUAAAAUAGAGGAAAUUGAGAAAGAGAUCCAACAGAAGGAAAUAAAACAGUCGAGAAAGUAUAUGGUGUGAGAGGGCAUUCUUUAAAUGAUUUUGUCCUUUACUAGAUGAUAUAUAUGAAAAUCUUCUCAGGUUUCUAACUUACAAACAGCUCAUCUUCUAUCUGAUUUGCCCACUGUUCCUUACUCGAGGGAUUUGCAGAAGUCAUGGGAAAUGGAUUGCCCAACUUUUUCUUAGGGCGUUUGGAGAAGCCUUGCUGUUUCAGACACUUAAUUUUGCAAGUUGCCUUCCCAAUUGUAAUUAUGUUUUGGAUAGAGUAAUUUUACAAUAUUAAGAAAUAAAUAUUGUUCUAAUUUAA